AGUUUGAACAUCAACAUGGACUGUAAGACUUGGUCGGCAUUUGUGAUGUUUAUCUCAUUUGUAUUUGUUAAGGGAUUAUCCUUGGUCACAGGCAACGAUAAUCAAAACUUGACCAGUAUAGAAGAACUAAGAGUCGAUGCCAAAAAUACAGACGUGUUCCGACAACUGCUAAAUCAAGAAACUCUUAUCCGAAUUUCUUUGGUGAAAAACGUCCAUACACUGAUGAAGGAUAUGGUCGACAUGAAGCAAGUUAUUACCUCCUUGCAGGAGUCUCAAAAAGAAAGCUCGUCUUUGAUAUCGGAUUUACAAACAGAAGUUGCCUCGCUAAAAGAACAAAACAAGAAAUUAAACAAUGUCAUUAUUAACUUAAAAGAAAAUGCCGGAAUUGCCAAAGAAAAUUUGACAGAAUUAUUCGAGAUUCAGCGAACUGUAGACAGAAAUAUGGAGGUGAAAAGACAGACAUUUGAAACAAAUAUAUCUACCGUUUUAGGAGAUAUAAAAACCGAGGUUCGAUAUUUAUCCGUCACUCUGUUGGAUUUGAACAAACAUACACUGGACAUGGAGAAAACCUUACCCAAAACCAUGGAAGAAAAACAUGCUAAAGAUUAUGAGAGAUUGAAUGAAUCUAUGAAUAAUCUGAAUGCGGAUUUAAUGGCUACAAAGGGAAGACUCCAGGCGACUGAGAACGAUCUGAGCUCAUUUCAAAACAAUAUCACAUCCUCUGUUUCUCAGGACAUAGACAGUACAAUAAAUACCCUUAAAGCCGAAGUCACACAAUCGAAGAUGGAUAAUCUAAAGCUCACUUCCGCCGUGUCUUCUCUCGAGGUAUUCCGAAUGAAUGUGACAAAUAAUCACUGUGAUUUAACCAAAAAGGUGGGAUUUACAGCUGGUAUGCCGUCAGACUCGUCUUCCUGGUCCAGUGGUGUACUGGUCUUCUCAAAAGUGAUCACCAACAUUGGAGGAGGUUAUAAUGGAAACACCGGGAUCUUCACGGCUCCUGUCGCGGGGAUGUACCAAUUUUUUGUAACCGUAGUUAGUUAUAGUUCUCGAUAUAUAUACCUGUAUAUGGUAUUAAAUGGAAAUUCCAUGGUGACAGCUGUGGCGGAUUCCUCAAUUCAAACAGGGACAAACAUGUUAGUGGCACGUCUCGAAAAGGAUGAUACCGUGUGGAUAAAACAUCGAACAGGUAGUGGAUACUAUUCAGGCAGUAUUCCAUACACCACUUUUUCUGGUUUUCUUAUAUAAUGCAUUUCUUUUAUUAUAAUUUAUAAAAUG